AUGUUCGACACGUCGGCGGUACCGAUUUUCACGGGACAAAACUACUCCGCGUGGAAGUUUAAGUUCCAAGUGCUCAUGAUGGAGCGGGGACUUUGGGGUUUCUUCGAUGGAACGGAGAAGAAGCCGGACGAUGAGAGCGGCAUCGCGGCAUGGAAGAAGAAGGACCAAAAGGCGUUCGCUACGUUGAUUUCGCGCAUCGGCAUCAAUCUCGUGAGCUCGGUGCGCAUGUGCAUCAAGCUCGAAGCGUCGGCGCAUGAAGCGUGGAAGCGGCUCGAGACCAUCCACGUGAACAAGACUCUCCACGGCAAGAUCCUAGCCCGGAAUGCGUUCUACACGGUGAAGAUGCGCGCGGGCGAAUCGAUGCACGAGUAUGCGACUCGUGUGGAGGAACUCGGGGAAACGUUCAUGGACCUCGGUGGAACGGUCACGGAGGAGGAUUGGAUUUUGACCUUGCUAUGCGGCCUUCCGGAAGAGUGGUCGACGGUGAUUACGACACUCGAUAGCGUGCAAGACACUUGGACGAAGGAAAUGGUGGUCGGUCGGCUUCUCCAUGAAGAAUCGCGUCGCCGACAAUUCGCUAAUGAGAGCGUGGAGACCGCCAUGUUCUCCGGAGGGAGUUCCGGAGGAAAGUCCAAGUGGAGCAAGGGUGCGACGAAGAAGUCGUACGGUGGAAGCGAUCGCGGCAAGGGAAACGCAUCGAAUGGCGCGAGCAAGUGCCACUAUUGUGGCAAAGCGGGACACUUUUGGCGAGAGUGUCGGAAGCGGCCGAGCGAUUGGACUCCAUCGAAGGCGCGGAACCAUGAGGGCAACGCGCACACGACAUCUGGCGAGGCGGAUGAUUCAAGUGAGUCGAUCGUGUUAUUGGCCGGUGACGGGAACAACACACCAAGCAACGCGUGGUUCCUCGACACCGGCGCAACGCAACACAUGACGCACUCAGCAUCGUUCCUCACCAACGUUGGUGCACCACGAGACGUUAAGCGCGUCGUCUUCGGGAACAACAAGUCGCUACCCGUGGUCGGAGUCGGGAGUACGCGUCUCAUCGUCGAUAGCGGACCGGUGGACAUCACGAACGUGCUUCACGUCCCGGGGUUGAAGGUGAAUCUACUCUCCGUCACUCAACUCGCGAAGAAAGAUGUGAAGUUCACCAUCGAUGGCGCGACGAUGAACCUCUUUUGGAAGGGGAAGCAAUUCGCACAAGGUGUCCUCAACGGAGAACUCUACGAACUCAAGACGUACUCGAGAGCGGCUUCAUCCAACGUGGCGCAAGGCUCCAAGGCGACUCUCAAGGCGUGGCAUAAUCGGCUUGCGCACGCCAAUUACGACUCGGUCAAGGAGUUGGCAAACAAAGGACUCGCGAAGGGAGUCGACGUGAUCGCCGGCGACGACGAGAAGGGCGUGUGCGCGGCGUGUGUUGAAGGAAAAAUGGCUCGCAAGCCAUUCGGUAGCCGAACGUCACCCCUCGCUAAGGACCCGCUUGCACUUGUUCACAUGGACGUGUGUGGACCGAUGCGGCAUGCAUCAAAGGGAGGAGCGCGGUUCCUCUUGGUGAUGCUCGACGACGCGACGCGGAUGUGUUGGACCCGACUUUUGAAGGCUAAGGGAGAUGUGGCCAAGGCGAUUCAAGAGUGGGCGCUCGAAGUUUGCGACGAUGACAAGAAGCGGAUCAAGUGUAUUCGCACCGAUGGUGGUGGCGAAUUCGUGAAUGCGGAACUCGAGAAAUGGAUGAAGUGCAAGGGCAUUAAACACGACGUCACAACACCCUACACACCCCAACAAAAUGGAGCGGCGGAGCGGCUUAAUCGCACGUUGGUGGAAGCCAUUCGUUCUCUUCUUCAACACUCCAAGCUUGGGAAAGAGUGGCGCGUCGUCACAUCUCGAGACGUGGUCUUCGACGAGGACAAGUUUCCGUCGAAGGAACAACCAAUGCCGCAACACACCGUCGUACUUCCCGCACGAGAGGAGGAUGAGGCGGUGGAGGUUUCAUCACAAGUGGACAAUGAAGCCGAAAGUGGAGGGGGAGAGAACGAGGAGAGCGAUGACGAUGUCGUGGAGGUGCCACCAACCGAGGAGGCAACUCCCUCCGCACCUUCUUCCCUACCAUUGGCGUUGACCCGUGGGCGUCGUACACCUCGCCCCAACACGAAGUUAGCGGACUACGCUACGGUAGCCGUUGGGGAGUUGGAUGAGGAGCGUGCGGCAUAUUGCUUCGCAACCAUGGGAGAUGACCCUCGCACCCACGCGGAGGCUUUGGCUUCUCCGGAUGCACCUCUAUGGAAGCAAGCGAUGGAGAAGGAGCUAGCAUCGAUCAAGGAGAACGAUGUGAGCAGUGGCUGGCUGUCUUCGUAUUACUACUACUUAAGCAACCAGGGAUCAGACAACCGGCAUAUCAGGCUUCUUGUGCCCUCCUCUCCUCUCUACUACCAGUCUUAA